AUGAAACUAUUCAAAAGGAGGCUGUCGUUCAGCGAAAAUAAACAGAAACGCGGUCCCUGCACAGAGGAUCCUUUUGAAGAUGAGGACAAAGCUAGAUUCUCGGACACGAGUUGGCAAAUACAUCGAACGUGGACACGAAACGGGGACCCAAUACCUCGAUCGCCACAAACUGCGCGUGCGCUGACGAAACAAACACCGACCGCCUCACCUGACGUACGACAAGACGACCAGAAUGGAAUCUAUGACACCAUCACCGUGAGAGAUAAGGUACCAUAA